CUUUCUUUCACUCUCUUGAAGGAAAGUCCAACAAAUUCAAUAAGCAACCCCAAAACUUCACAGAAUCAGUUAAACACCCCAAGAAAACGGAAAAUGACAGAAUCUCCACCAAACCUUCUAUGCACUCUCUGUCUGUUUCGUUGCAAAGAAGAGUGUUGAAGCUUUUCUUCUUCCUCUGCCUUGUCUUCUUCCCUUUGCCUUCAACCUCGUUUUCUUUUCUUCGUCUUCUAUCACCGAUUCCGAUUCUCUUCUUCCUUAUUUUAUUGAUCCUCUCUGCGAUUACCAAUUUUCUCAUUUCCUCCGUUUUCUCGGCGACCGAACGGAGGAGUAGAACGCAGUUCUGAAAACGAUUGGAAAAUGCUGGGAACUGCACUGCAAUUCGGCGGCGUUCGCGGCGAUGAUCGGUUUUACAUUCCGGUGAAGACGCGGAAGAGCCAGAAUCAGCGCAAACAGAGUCACAGAGCCAAGAACAAUGAACCUGAAAACACGGAUUUAGUUUCGAAGAGCAAAAUCGAUGUCUCUGAGGAUAACAACAGCAAUAGCGAUAGCAAUCUCAACCAAUCUCUGAAACCAACUCUUUCUCCGUCCGUAGAGUCUGUCAGUAACAUCGAUAGGUUCUUGGAGUCCACAACACCGUCAGUUUCGGCUCAGUAUUUCUCCAAGACAACGAUGAGAGGAUGGAAGUUUUGCGAUGUGGAGUAUCAGUCUUAUUUUGCACUGAGUGAUCUGUGGGAGUCUUUUAAGGAGUGGAGUGCGUACGGAGCUGGAGUGCCUUUGGUGCUUGAUCAAAGUGAUUCUGUUGUUCAGUAUUAUGUUCCGUAUUUGUCGGCUAUUCAACUCUAUGCUCACUCUGCUGAGAAGGCAACUGCAAAGCCAAGGUACACCGGUGAAGAUAGUGAUGGUGAUUACUACAGAGAUUCAUGCAGUGAAGGAAGUAGUGAUUAUGAAUAUGGAAAAAGGACUGAAUUUAUGACUCAAAGAAGUAGUCAGUAUCUAACAGGUGGUAUCUCACUGCAAAUGAACACACUAUCUAUGCAUGAUAAACACAGUACUGUGCAAGAAGGAUUUUCUAGUGAUGAUAGUGAAACUGGGAAUCCUCAAGAUCUACUUUUUGAGUAUUUUGAACAAGAUCCUCCGUAUAGUCGUGAGCCCUUGGCUGACAAGAUUCAAGAUCUUGCACGCCACUAUCCUGCCCUCAAGUCGUUGAGAAGCUGUGAUUUAUUACCAGUCAGUUGGGUGUCUGUGGCAUGGUAUCCUAUAUAUCGAAUACCCACAGGUCCAACUUUAAAAGAUUUAGAUGGAUGCUUUCUAACAUACCAUACACUCCAUACACCCUUGACAGGAAGUGGUCGUACUCAUGCUCCAACACUGGUUUAUCCCAGUGAGAUGAAUGGUGUACCAAAGAUUUCUAUACCUACUUUUGCAAUGGCUUCCUAUAAGUUAAAGGGGUCUAUUUGGAUGAAAAAAGGAGUUAGUGAAUCUCAACAAGUGAGUUCCCUCUUGCAGGCUGCUGAUAACUGGUUAAGACUAGUUCAGGUUAAUCACCCGGAUUUUCAGUUCUUUAAAUCACAUGGCACAUACCAUAGAUGAACUGCAUAAGCCGACAUGUCUUUCCUGCUUUUGGCUAAAACUGAGCCUUAAUUUCUGUGUUCGUUGCUUGGUGCAAACUUGGUAAAAGCCCAUCCAUCUGUAGAGAUUGUGAUGACGCGAUAGCUGCCUAAUUUUGGAUUCUUGUGAUAUGCCUAAGCAGCACAAAAAGAUGAAGCCAAUAUGAAGCAAUGAACUCAUAGAGAUUGCUAAAGUGAAAAAGAAAAAGAAAGAAAAAAUGUUUUAUAUGGAGGAAAAACUAUCAGAUAAUUGGAGGGUCCUAAUGAAAUGAGAGAAAAACUAAAUAUAAAACCAGAGUGGAGUAUGGCUAACAAGUUCACAGGAAGGAUAUGUGGGGAUUAAGCCAGACUGUACGAGCAUUUUCAGUUCAGUAAUGGUUGAGAUCACGUUAAUUUCUAGAGAUAAAAUAUUUACGGAUCUUGUGAUUUAGAAGAAAAUGGGUGAAUUACAGAGACUUUGCUGUGUUGCGUGGCCCAAUUUUGGUACUAUAUCUGAUGAACAUGUUGUUGCUCUGGUGAGGAGAGAUUGUAGUGUAAGUGUACAAUAUUUUGCUGUUUCAAAAUAAGUUUUACACUCUUACGAUGUUUAUACAUGUUCUUGUACUAUUAGAGAUGUUCAUAAUUAGCUCGAAGAUGGUGGAAUACUCAGUAGAGAACGUAUGAUAUCAAUCAUGUAGUUUUCGACUUUUCGCACAUUGAUAAAUCUAAACUACUUGUAUUGAGAAACAGUGUGAAAAUUAUUUUUCGGAUUCCUUGCAACAGUGGAGUAUUUGUAUCGUAAA